ACUAUUUGAUUUGUCUCUCGCACGGUCGCACCUAGAGGCUAUUUCUGUAUCGCGGCUCCAUCUCGCCCAAUCGCAUCGUCGUUCCGCUCACGGUCUCGAACAUUUAACGCUGUAAGGGGCGCUCCUCCGUCUUCGCAAAAUGCAGCCACCUACAGCUCUGCAGUGCCUCUUUGCAAUAUUACGUUACCGCUAUAAUUGAAUUAACAUAAAAGUGGAACGUGCAUGAAAUACUUUUCAUUAAAUAAAUAGACAUUUGAACCGCGUUUUAAAUAAGGUUGUGUUCUUUUACACUGUUGUUGAAAACAAAUCUCAGGGUGGUUGUCAAAUGGGGCCCCCCCCCAACUCGUAGCUUUGACCACCAGGUGGGCGGGGGUGUGGGGGACAAGCCACACCCCCUGCCCCCCACGCUGCUGACGGGACUGGCACUGCCACUGUUUGUACGACGUUACACUCAGCGCUGCGCUGUCUCGCUUCCGUCGGUGCGCGUUGCACACACGCAGAGAGGAGAGAUCCUGACGUGGUGGUGGUGGGUGGGGAGGGGAUUCGUGAUUUCGUCUGCAAUAUAUUUUCUGACCGGUUGGGCAUGCACUUCCCUCGGCCGAGCGUGCGAGCGAGCAGCAGUCGAGAAAGGGGAGAGAAAGGAAGAGCGAACAGAAAGAGGAGGAGACAGAGAGAGAGAGACGGCGGUAUAGCGGUAGCGGCAGCGGAAGGAGCAGCAGGAAGAAGAGGAGAGAGACGGCAUUCAGAGGGAGGGGAGAGAGCGGAACGGAGGAUCGAGGAGGAGAGAGGUUGGAGAGAGAGAGCGUGGGUUGGGUGGGUGGUUUGGGGGUGGUCGGGGAAGCGAUUGAAGAGUGAUUUGAGGGAGAUACAGGGAACGCGACGACAUUCAGGGAACGGAGAGCGAGAUAUAAGAGGUGGAGAGGAGGUAGGCACAGUGAGAGGGAGAGAGAGGGGGGGGGGAAGGAAGGAGAGAGCGCCCUUCGAUUCGUAACGCGGGUUCGCUCCUCUCGGCGGCGUCAAGGCCACACCCUGCCUGGUACCCGCAGACGGAGAUCGGGCGGAGAGAGAGAAGGAGAUCGAGCGGAGAGAGAGAAGGAGAUCGAGCGGAGAGAGAGAUCAGGCGGAGAGGGAGAUCGGGCUGAGAAGGAGGUCGGGCCGACACGGACGAGCAAAGCGCCCAGAGCUGGCGGUGAAAAGCGACGGAAGGACCGAAGCAAAGGAACGAGACGGAACAGAUCCCGGUGGUGUCAUUCAUUCUUCAAUCAAUUCAUGCAAUUAUUCAUUCUUUGCAUUCAUCUGGUUUUUGCCGUUAAUUUGUAAUGUGUUUUAUGGGUCAUAUGUAGUGGUAGAAAUAUCAAUAUAUAUGUAUUUAAUAACGAUGCGGUGUUAAAUAUUAAAUGAUACAUGUAUUAAAUCCACAGCGUCGGUUUUAAGAUUAUUAUCAUUUCAGUAAGAUGAUUAUUUUUUCAAGCGUCCUCAUUUUGACAUAAAUAUUUGUGCCUGUGCAUGCACGUGCAUUGUAAUUAUCUUCACCGUUAUUAUAAUGAUGAUAAUGAUGAUGAUUUUGCUUAUUUGCCGGUGAAUGCAAUGGGCUUUGUAUGCCCCCCGUAGAGACCUCUGGCUCCAUGCAUGAUCUCUGCGCUCACCAAUCCUCGCCCAGAAUUCGGCGACCUCGGUUCACAGCGCCAACCUAGUCGCUUGCUGCACCCUCAACCAAGACCCCCGACCCAUCAUCACCAUCACCACCAUCACCACCGACAUCAUCAUCAUCACAUUGUCACCUCCACUGCGGAGCCGGCGAGAUUUCCAACGAGCAAUGACCCUGCUGAUUUGAAAUAUACUCUUUGUUUGCCAGCGGGCGCCUAGCUCCGAGCCCGUGUUCACUUAUUCAUCCACUCAUUCGUUCCCUUCGCUCCGAGCCUCUCUCUCUCUCUCUGGCUUUGGGCUGCGCAUGGAGACCCGCGUGGACACGAAGUGAUGGAGGGAAUGAGGCUGAGGGGUCUGUGGGACCUCUUGGUCAGGCCCACAGAGGACUUGAUGACGUCCCUCGACUGAGCUACGGGGACCUCAUCUGCUCCGGCUCCUCGAUCGGUCACUCCGUCCUCUGCAUCCGGCUCCUCCUGACGAUCUCACCGACCGCGCUACCAGUGUUGGUUUAGCUGCGCCUGCCUUGUCUGCUGGUGCCAGUUUACUCGUGGGGUGUGUGAGCCGUGGCUCCGACCGUCAUGCUGCUGGUGCUGGCACUGCCGCCGCUUCCGGUGCGUUGAGGCUGCCCCAUCUGCUGGCAACGCCACAGGCUCCGCUGGGUAACCGCUCUCGCUGCGACUCCUGGGACCCGCGUGCUCCCACGGAGCUCCCUCCUUCCUAUUGACGGCGCUCGUGGGGGUGGUUUUGCCUUCGUCCGCCUCUGUCUUUGCCACCGCCCGCCUCUGCCCGCCCGAGCCGCCAUGCCCAUCGCCGCCGGAGGCCGCGGGACAGACGCGGCGGCCGCCCACACAGGGCGGGCGGCGCAGCAGCACCGCGUGCGGUAGCGCCAGGGGUUGUUGGACUCCAGAAGCAAGGAGCCGCGACGGGUUCCAGGUUCUCCCUCCACCCACCCCCCACCCACCACCAUCCACCACCACCCACGAGUCCACACCGCCACCACCGCCAACCACCACCCUCCCACUAGCCUCCUAGAUAGAAUCUCACGGCGCCAACAAAGAAAUCACCGCCAUCGACGCCACCGGAAUCCUCCACGGCUUCUCACGACCCAAAAGUAGUAAUCCGGCACCACCACCACCGCCACCUUGCCCAGCAGCCCGCCCAGCGCCGAUGAUAGACCACCUGCCCUUGACCAUGGCCGCCAAGUCGGACGGGCUCGCCGUGCCGUGCCCUCCCAACACGGACCCCGGCGCGCUGGCGCUGUCCGUGGUGCUGCCCGCGGACCCCGCGGCUGCCGAAGCCGCCGCGGGACCCGCGCCCGCGCGUACCGACAAGGCGGAGGGCGGAGCCCACGGAGCCCACGGCGCCGGCCCGGCCGGCUGCUGCGGUUGCUGCGCUCCGCGCUCGGGGCUGCCGCCCAGCCCCGUGCCCUACUCGGCGGCCGACCUGGCGUGGGGCCUGUGCGGCCUGCUCACUCUGCUGCUGGACGCGGGCACGGACGCGUGGCUCUCGGCCGAGUACCUGGCGAGCCGGCAGUACUGGUGGUUCGGCCUCACGCUCUUCUUCGCCCUGGCGCCCUCGCUGGUGGUGCAGGCGUUCAGCUUGCGAUGGUUCGCCCAGGACUUUCGCCUCGGGGCGACCGGCAGCGCGACCGCCGCCACCGCCGGUCGGUGCGGUGCGCCGCCACCACCCCCGCCGCUAACCACGGCGUCGGCGUCGGCUGGAACGGCGAGCGCGGGGGAGCGGUGCUACCGGGGUCUGGUGUGGGUGUUCCAGAGCGUGGUGCAUCUGCUGCAGCUGGGACUCGCGUGGAGGUACGUGAGCGUGGCCUACCUGGGCGUGCGGAGCCGCGGGGAGGCCCCGUGCCGUCGCCGCCUGCGCUGGGCGCUGCUGUACGCGACCGCCGACGCCAGCAUGCUGCGCCUGCUGCUCGCCUUCCUGCAGAGCGCGCCGCAACUCGUGCUGCAGCUGUGCGUCAUGGUGCAGCGCAGCCGCGCCACCCUCGUGCCCGGGGUGUGCGUGUGCUCCUCGCUGGCCUCGCUCGCGUGGAGCGUCGCCGCCUACCACAAGACCCUGCGCGACUCUCGCGACGACAAGCUCCCGCUGGGCUACCGCGCCGCCGCCGCCGUGGCGCUCUGGCACCUGCUGACGGCGGCGUCGCGCGCCCUCGCCUUCGCGCUCUUCGCCUCCGUGUUCCAGCUCUACUUCGGCGUGUUCCUCGUCCUCCACUGGUGCCUCGUCACCUUCUGGGUGGUGCACGCCGGCACCGAGUUCUGCGCCUCCAAGUGGGAGGAGAUCCUCUGCGACCUCGUCGCCGGCGUCGCCGGCACCUUCUGCUGGGUCAGCGUCAAGGGCGGCCCAUCGCGCUGCCGCCUGGCGGCGUUCCACGCGCUCGCGCUCGCCGAGAACGCCGCGCUCGCGCUGCUCUGGUGGUUCUACCGCGACCGGCGGCUCACCGACGCCUACGCCGCGCCGGCGCUCGCCCUCGUCUUCGGCUCCUUCGCCGCGGGCCUCGGCUUCAUGCUCGCCUACUACGGCUGCCUCCACCCGAGCCGGCCGUGCGCCGCCGGGCGCGCCGGUGACGCCGGCGAGAAGGGGAAGUGCGCCGCGGCGGCCGACGACGGCGGCGUAGCGGAACCCGCGCGCACCAACUGCUGCUUGUGCUGCCGCGACAGCGGCGGCGGCGGUGCCGGGGCGCGGCCGGGGUCGUCCGCUUCGCCGGUGCCGGCGAACGGCUCGGCCGUGGGGGCGCCGAACCCCCGCGCCGCGCCGCAGACUCCACAGUCCAACGCGUCGGCCCGAGCCGGGACGGGCGCCACCACGACGCCCGUGCUGACGCGGGCGGGCGGCGCUCCGCCCGCCGUCGGCCCCGCCGGCCCGACGCUGCUGGUGCUGCUGGACACGUGCGGCAGCGCCGGCCCCAUCUUCCAGGUGCGCGCCGCGUCUCGCCCGCCCUCCGCCUACUGGCCGGUGCUGCACGGCGCGAGCGGCGUCGGCGUCGGCGUGGGCGCCGGCGGCGGCGUCAGCGUCAGCGGAGUCGGCGGCGGCGGGAGCCCCCACACGCCCUCGCGCCGGGCCGGGCACGGCGGGGGCCGCGGGCCCUCGCGGAGCGGCCCGGUGAUCCGAAUCGACAUGCCGCGGCGGCGCUACCCGGCGUGGGACGCGCACGUCGUGGACCGCCGGCUGCGGCGCAGCAUCCGCGUGCUGGAGAGGGCCACGCCGGGCGUGGUGGCCGUGCGCUACCAGGGCGACGCCGCGGCCUACGAGCUGGCCGAGUACGAGACCACGGUGUGACCGCCGCUCGCCGAGCGGAGGGGUGGGCGUGGCCAUGCUGGAGAGGGUGAGGAGGGAGGAGGGAGCGGAGGGGCAGUUUUGGGGUACGCAGCGUGGGAGCCAAUCGGGUGCGAGUUCGUCCGUGAGCCCACCCGGCCCCGAGCACCGUAGCUAGAGCUCAAACCCCGUCUCACUCGACGGCGAGCUGUCAGUACAGCACUAGGCCUCUCACUAAUUCCAAAACCCUAACCGCACUUAAUCCAAUCGAACUGCAGCACCUAAAUUCUGACCGGCGAGUACCAACCAGCUGCAAGUACUUGCCGUAGCCCUAACGAA